AAUUUGCCUUGAAACUGCAACUUUUAUUUCUGGAGUGGUUUAGUUGGUUGGUUUUACUUUUAACCCCUUUCAUGGUUUAUGUCAGUAAAAAUGGAAUCAUAAAUUCUGCAACCAAAACAAAAAAGAAAUUCUCUACAACACUUUCCAGCUAUGAAAUCCACUACUCCGAGGAUAAAACAUUUGAUUGUACAUUGAUUUGCAUGUGGGAGUUGUGGACUCUACAUUCCAGUAUGUUGUUAACACCCUCAUUGUCUCCAUCAUCCCCCCUAUAUUCCCCUCCUCCUCUUCCACCACCACCACUCCCGGUGGUUCUGCGUCCUCUACCACCCCCACCAACUCCUGCUUCUGCUUCUCCUCCACCCUUGUUGGCAUCCCAUUUGGCCCCAAUAUCAACCCCACCUCCAAUUCCUGCUGCUGUUGCUAUAAGUCCUGUUACUACUCCUACACCGGCGGUUGUUACUUCUCCACCACCACUCUCACCAACACCGCCUGCUGCUGCUACUAAAAUUACCCCAUUAGCUUCUCCCCCCCUCCCAGCACCACCAUUGGUUAUUAUUCCUUCCCCAUUGCUUCCUAAAUCUUCUCCUCCACCUCCUCAACAGCCAUCUAAACCUUUGCCAUCCACUCCACUUCCAACAGCUCCACCAAGGCCACCAUCUGUGGUGCUUCCACCACCACCACCACCUGCAGCUUCUCGUUCUACUAGGGUCCCUAAAACUCCAACACCAUUUCGGGCAUUUCCACUGCGUCCACCUCUACCGCCACCAACAUCAACACCACCCCCACUACCACCUGCAGCUUCUCAUUCCAUCGGAGCUCCUAACACUCCAGGAUUCUUUCAGGCCUUUCCACCGCCUUCACCACCACCACCACCACCAGCAGCAGCAGCAUUAGCGCUAACAGCGAACAAAGGAGGUUUGGCAGCCACAAAGCACAGGCCACAUUCUCCAAUUGGGCUUAUAGUUGCAUCCAUUGGUGUUACAGUUCUACUAUUUGUUGUGUUUGCAUUAGUGUGCAUUUGUUUCAAAGGUAGAAGGAGAAAACACAAGCCUUCAGACACUAAAAUUCAACAAUGUUCUUCUGUCACAAAAGAUGGCCCUUCUGCUGCUUCAAUGCAACAAAAACAACAAAAUGUCACCAAUUCAGCAACAGUUACAGCAGAUACCGCAUUGAAUCCCUCAAGUGGCAUUUUCACUUAUGAGGAAUUAGUCCUUGCGACCAAUGGUUUCUCCGAAUCCAACCUCAUUGGACAAGGCGGUUUCGGUUACGUCUACAAAGGGCGUCUGCUGACCGGACAAGACGUCGCGGUUAAGAAACUGAAGGCUGGGAGCCGGCAAGGGGAGCGUGAAUUCCGGGCCGAGGUUGAGACCAUUAGCCGACUGCAUCACAAACACCUUGUUUCCUUGGUAGGAUACUGCAUCAAUGGGGCUGAGAGAUUGCUUGUUUAUGAGUUUGUCCCUAACAGAACAUUGGAAUUCCAUUUGCAUGAAAACCGACAACCUGUUAUAGUCUGGGAAAGCAGACUCAAAAUUGCUAUAGGCUCUGCAAAAGGAUUAGCAUAUCUCCAUGAGGACUGCAGUCCAACAAUCAUUCAUAGAGAUAUCAAGGCAGCUAAUAUUCUACUUGAUAUGAGAUUUGAAGCUAAGGUUUCUGAUUUUGGACUUGCCAAAAUUUUCUUUGAUGAGAGUCCCUCCAUUACUCACAUCUCUACCAGAGUUAUGGGAACUUUUGGAUACCUUGCUCCUGAGUAUGUAUUGACCGGUAAAUUAACGGAUAAAUCAGAUGUAUAUUCGUAUGGGGUCAUGCUUUUAGAGCUUAUAACUGGACGUCCACCUAUCAUCCAGCAAUCAUCCUCCACAAAUCAUAGCUUAGUUGAUUGGGCAAGGCCUUUGCUAGGUGGUGCAAUCGAAGCAAACGAAUAUGAGAGCCUAGUUGAUGAGAGGUUAAACGGCGCCUACAACAAGAGUCAGAUGGCAAACAUGGUCACUUGUGCUGCUGCUUGUCUGCGUCAAUCAGCGUGGCUUAGACCUCGAAUGAUCCAGGUGGUUCGAGCUCUAGAAGACAAUAUUUCAUUACCAUAUCUGGAGGAAGGAAGUAGGUUUUGGAAAAACUCAUUUAACAGCACUUCGUCAGCAACGUUUAUCCAAAAUGCUCAACUAUGCAACAACAAUGAUAGCUUUAGUGAAACCACAAGUGAAUAUGGUCUUAAUCCUUCCGGCUCCACCACAGAAAUUGAAAUAACUCCAAAACAACCUGAAUAUGAUCUCAACCGAGAAAGAUAGUUUCUUAAAGCUGACACAAUAUUUGAUAAACUCUGUAUUAUUUGUUCACCUAUCCAGGAAAUUAUUUCAUAUCACACAAUUUACAGUUCUAAUUUUUUUUUUGACAUUUAAUGGUAUAUAAUUUGUAAUGUUGUAAAACAAAUCUUGCUGAGAUUCAUCAGAUUAUGAUUUUUAUUGCUUUAUCACAGUUAAAUUUGAGAUUUAAUAAUUUUGUAUAAAUUCAAUAUAA